AUGUCGUCAGAGGCAAUCAGUUACAACAGUAAUUCAAACAACCAGAACGGUCAAUUUAGUCAUCUUGCAUCAUCUUUAUCGGCAUCAUCAUCAGCGUUUACACCGUCACAGGACACAACCAAUCUACCCCCGGGAUUGAUUAAUAAGUCGUCCUUUUAUGGAAACCAGCAACAAUACUCACUUUCGCAGCAGCAGCAGCAGCAACCUCAGCAGAUACUGCUACUGCAUUUGCAUCCAGAGCACUUUAAUCAACCACAAUACCACCAUCAGCAAACAUCACAAUCUCCACCUGGUUCCGGUAUCUUAAAGUUGUCGAAUCUACCUCGCGACCUCACAAGAAGAGAAGCCACGUUGAUAUUUGCUCUCGUCAUUGAUGAAGUGUUGAGCAUUGAUGUCAAUGAUUACCAAAUAUUUGCCUUGUUUAAAGACUAUAAUACUUGCGUCACAACUGGUAAAUUAUUGGAUGGUCAACAAAUAUUUGGACACGAAUAUCCACCAAUCAAAGUAGAGUUUGACCGUGGGUUGAACUCGAUGGACUCGCCACACACAUUAGCACAAACACAGUCUGCAUUCAAUGCCAUGUCAUUGUCUUCGUUGAACAACACAUCCCCACCAAAUAAGUUUAAUAAUAUUGCAACUGCGGGGGAGGGAGCUAUAGCACAAACACAGAGUGGUUCACUUAUGGGCUCUAUCAACUCGUCGUCCAAUGUACAACCAAUUGUACCAUUUGAUGUUUUGCAAAAACGACAGUCUGUGGGUACUCAGAGAUCCAGAUUUGCCUUUGGUGAUCCAUUUCAGAAUGAUCAGCAACAACAGCAGCAGCAGCAGCAGCAGCAACAGCAGCAGCAACAACAUCAGCAACAACAUCAGCAACAGCAGCAACAACAUCAGCAACAGCAGCAACAACAACAUUCCAAUCCAUCUCUGUUGCCGCAAAAUUUCCAGCCUCAACAAAGACUUUCUGGCCCUCAAAUGGGACUGUCGCCUGGACCUUUUCUGUCACAGUUGCAUACACAAUCACAGAACGGCCCCACGUUCAAUUUCCAACCUCUGUCCGACGCACAUCAUAAUGGAUUGGCGUCGGCUUCAGCUAACGGAUCUUCUGGAUCAAGGUCGAGUACCGAAGUCACUGGUAAAUCAAUUCUAUUGAUGGAGUCACAAAAUGACGCAAGAGAUUACGACCAGUUGGUUAGAGAUCCUUGGAGCUCUAAUAAUGGAAGCUUGUCGGCGGUACAGAGUCCUACUAUGUACUCCAACCCCGAUUGGAACCCAUCCAGCGCAGUAGCCAAUGGGAAUGCAUCAAAUUUCACUCUACAGCAACCACCUGAUCGUCGAAGAACAUCAUCGUCAUUUUUCGGUCCACAAGUGCCACUGGAUCAAUUGCCAUUAUCAUCACCACCACAUCGUGUAACUGCACCACCCAAUCAAACUCCUCCACAUGGACCCACUGCUUCAGGCUUGAGAUUAGCAUUGCAACAAUCAAAUGGAAAUAACCUGCGACCAGAGUACCAAGCAGGGAAAGGAUCGCAACCAUCCCUGUAUGUUCAGCAACUGAAACCGCAGAGCGGUAGCAAAACCUCACCUGCAGCACUCGUGCAUUCCAGUCCUUCAACAGCGCCAACUACAUCAUCUUCAACAAGCAAGUCGAUCCCCACAUCAAAGGAGAUUCCCGAGCUUUCCCUUUUGGCUAGAGUUCCACCACCUGCAAACCCUGCUGAUCAAAAUCCUCCAUGUAAUACUUUGUAUGUGGGUAAUUUGCCUCCAGACGCAACAGAAGCUGAAUUGCGUACUUUGUUUGCACCGCAAAAGGGAUUCAGACGUUUAUCGUUUAGGACAAAGAAUAGCACAGUUUCGGGAGGCUCUUUGCCAGCAGCAGGUGCAAGUUCCAGUGGACAUAAUCAUGGGCCCAUGUGUUUUGUUGAAUUUGAGGAUGUUGCACAUGCAACAAGAGCGUUGGCUGAAUUAUAUGGACUGGCUUUGCCUAGACCACAUGGAGGAAGCAACAGCAAAGGCGGAAUUCGUUUAUCGUUUUCAAAGAACCCUUUGGGAGUUAGAGGUCCUGGAAAUGCGAGGAGAACUUCAACUAAUCCAUCGAGUAGUGUCUCUACACAAGACUCAUCAAAGCAGCAGUCUUCUGGGGGUGGCUCUAUCAAUGGGAACGGCUAUAAUCACCAGAAAUAA